CUGACAGAAGUGUAAAUUUUAUUCAAUAAUAUUUUAUAUUUUCUAUUAUACUGUUUUAUACCUCAUCAGAAUUUAUUAAAAAACAAGAUGGAGUUUAGGUUUAAUGUAAACGAAGUGUUCAAACAACCAAUCGUUGAAAUUACCAAUAAUUUAAUUCCUCCUGAUUAUACUGGAAAUAGAAGGAUGUUGACUGAUACUGUUUCAAAGGUAGGUGAAGUGAUAAACGAAUUAGGUUUUGCCUCUGCAAAGGCCCAAGGGCUAUCAAGACCACUAACAUCUUCCGAUAAAUUGAAGAAUUCUGAACAUAGUGUCUAUCUAGCUGUGGAUGAUCAGGCGAAUUAUGGCAGAGGUGCCGUUGCUGGCCUUUUAAAAAUGGGCAAAAAGAGUCUGUACGUGUUUGACAGACAAGGAAGAGAAUACAAAGUCACGGCACCGUUCCUGUUCGAUUUUUACGUACCCGAAAACAGACAACGUAUGGGUUGGGGGAAGUACCUCUACGACAGUAUGCUUUUAAAAAGAGACAUCGAUCCAGUACAAGUUGCGUUUGAUCAACCAACGAAUCCGUUGUUAAAUUUUCUCGACAAACAUUACGGCAUGAAGGAUCCCGUUAAACAGAAUACGAAUUUCGUGGUGUAUGACGGAUUUUUUCCCAAUCAAGAGGUGCAUAUCACCCCGCAACUUGAAUAUUCUGAUGAUGAAGACGAGAGGCACCCGGUAGGAAAAAGUAGAGUUAAGCCAAAAUAUACUCUUGAGUUUCCAGACGAAGAUGAGGAAGAGAUGUACAGAUCGAAAAAUCUUCUAGGCUAGUAA